CAUUUUGCAAUUUUCACAUGAGCGAAAGAGACUACAAAGAGAGCCGAAUUAUUUUCACUUUCAUUUUCGGUUCCAAGUAAAACUAUUGAAUUUCAAGGUCAGGGGAAGGCCCUUAUAAAUUACAAUCACGCACAUUCUUGGAAUUUACAAAUAUGCGACAAACAUGUAGUCAAAUACAUCAAAAUAAACGUACAAAAUAUGGCCGAAUACGAAUCCCUGGUUAUCGAAGUGACGGGAAUAAACAAUAACACUUCAAAAGACACUUUGGAGAACUAUUUCUCUUCUUCAAGACGUGGAGGAGACAUCGCGAAUAUAGAAUAUAUCAAAGGAAGUGGGAAUGCAUCAAUAACGUUUGCUAACGCCGAAGGUAGGAAAACAAGACUGUCUUUAUGUGUUGUAGCUGGGUUUCAGUAUAUAUUGCAGUAUUACAGGGCAGCAUUGAAGUCAAUUUCAGAAAUAUUGAUGUUGAUUUAUAAAGCAUGAAAAUGAAACUAGAUCUCAAUUUUAGAUGUUUAUAAUGCAUAUAAUGAAAUAAUUUACAUCAUAUUCUCACAUUGAACUUUGAUAGCUAUUGCUGCACGAUACAGCUCAGAAUUCAGAAAAUGUAAUUACUCAAGGAACUAGUAGGAAUAACCAGCAUUACUAUUACAUCGAAGAUACAACAAAUUCGUCAAUGAACCAUACUAUGAGACCUACAAUUUAUCAAUCGCGAUAAAGUAUUUAAAUGUUGCAAUUUUGAAAACAAUAACAAUUUGAUUCCUAGUAUUUUGCGUGUCGAUGUAGCCGGCAAAUUUUAAGCAAAUGUCGCCAGCCUUUGAGAUUUGUCCAAGCAUGGACGCAAUUCGGAAAUCUAAAGAGUUUUGUAGCACAGACAAUACUUUCUACCUAGCUAUGUAUAAACGACAAUAAAGCUAUAACAACAACGAGACGGUAUAAUUUGAUUCGUCUUUCGCUUUCGAAAUCGAAGCGAUGUGUUUUAACCAACAAACUAGCUUGAAACUGUAGUUAUUAAAUUUAGUCGACUGAAUAUAUAGAAUGCUGUGAUAUCAUAUAAAUUGCAAGGUUUAGAAGCAUGCAAAUACUUAAAAUACAAGACAGGGAUUUAGGAAUUAGGCGGAAGUGAUUGAUUAAUGUGCAGCCAAAACAUAAACGUUGUUGACAUCACCGUCAAUCGCAAUGGUGUAUUUCUUUUAAAUCAGUAUUAUAAUAAGGUUAUAUUACUUUUGUAAACAGAAUACUGCAUCAUAUAUAAACAGGGAUUUGCUACCUAAGGAAAAUUUGCGAUUCUUGGAAUAGGACAAAGCAAUCCGCUUCCUGUGUGCUAAACAGGUUUUAAAAACUGUUACAUUUAUAUUUUAUUCAUGUUAAUCUUAAAAAAAAGCAGUAUAUUGAUGAAAAGUUCUCACAAAAUUCAAUGACACUAGACGGUAUUUGUGAUUUUCCCCAUUGACAAUCGUUACAAUAUUCGGCCCGAAUUUAGGGUGUGACAGCCUACAAUGCGGGCUAUAAGAUAUAACCAGCGAAAUGGGCUAUAUAUGGAAUACUGCGUUGAAACAAGGAGCUAGCAGAGUGUUUAAUAUAUCUUGUGAGGUGUUUUAAAAUCACAAUAAUAAAUCACUUCGAGUGCUCAAACGAAUCAGUGUAUAAAAAGAAUAUGCGAAAGUUGACCCAUAAACCGUGGUAUCAAUGCAAAACAGCAAUACGGUGUCGGUGUUGUUAUUUGAAAAUACUGUAUUUUUGAGCCUUUAGUCGAAAAAAUAGUACGAGAAAUAGUCCUGAACUUUAAACUAAGAACAUCAGAUAAAAAAAAAAUUGUAUACAAUGAGAACAUCAGAAAAAUUCAUGUAGAUUAUAUAGACCGUUUAUUUAAAAGAUUUAGAGAUGUGGGGCUUCGGUGGCGAAGUGGUUAGCGCACUUGCCUUUCACCUCUAAGGUAGCAGGUCCGAAUCCCAAUGAGGACUUCUCAUUGUGACUGGAACCCAGUCCUAAUGUGAAAAGAGUGAGUCAACGCUCUGCCGAAAGUCCGUGGGUUUUCUCCGGGUACUCCGUGUUUCCUCCCACAGGGAAAGUUGACAGGGUGUGUUAGACACAUAAGGUCAGGAGGCAGAUCAUUAAUGAGGUAUGGACUAAUAGCGGCUGCUCAAGCGCCAUUUGUAAGCUCAAAGUCUACCUCGGUCUGCUUCACGUCAGUCCGGUUGAUCUAUCUAAUCAUAAUGUAAAACUUCUGCAAUUCAGUGUAUGCUGCCAUCGAAGUUCAAAUAAUCUAUCUCUACCAAAAUGUUCAUUACGUUAUCAUUUUCUUAAAGAUUUCUUAAUUUUUUAAGGUGCUAAAAAAGUUUUGGAAACAAGCCCGCUUUCUCUCGAAGGAUCUACACUAACAACACGACAAAAGAAAGCAGAAAUUUAUGAAAAUGACAAAGUUUUCGUUGAAGGCGUUUCCACAAACACUUCCAAAGAUUGUCUUCAGUUUUACAUGGAACGGAUAAGCGACUUAGACGUGAAAAACAUCACGUAUGGCACGAAAAGCAGUGGGAGUGUUAAUGCAAUAGUGACAUUUCACGGCCAAGUAGGUGAGAAACGAUCUUGGGAAAAUAAGUGCUACAGUGGUUGGUUAUGGUCCUCACUGGACUUCUAGUGAGAACAGUUUAGAACUAAUAAUACUAUCCAGUGUCAAUAUAGUUAGAAGUACAGAAAAUUGUCCGACAUACAAAAAUGUAUUUAAGCAUGCCGGCCUCAACAACUCAGGGCUGAUUUCGAUGAGGGGCGUGAUUUUAGAAAGAAUACACUGUACAGAUAAACAUUAAAAAUACAAAAAUAAAGAAAGAAGAAUUACUAUGUAGGCAACAGGACGAGCCAAUUUUAAGUGUUUGCUUGAUUAAUAGUUCUUUGAAAAGAACUUAAAGAUUCCGCUACUUUUACCUCAUACGGUAAAUUUCUCCAUACUACCGCUCCGUUAUAUUUGAAUUCGACAUAUAUUUGGAUUCAUUUAUAUUCGACAGCGCCAGCAGCACUGCUGCUAAAUAUCUUCGCAGGGAAUCUUUGUCCUCUCAUAUACUGGAAAGCCAUUUUAUAAUUUCCCCAAAGCGUUUUACAAGUCAGAAUUUUCAUGUGGCGCCCCACAUUGUGAUAAACCUCAUUACCUCAAUCUCGGCAUACCUUCUGUGAAAUCAACAUAUAUAUGCAGAAAGGUUUAUAAAUGACUUACACAGGAUAUAUAUUUUUGGAUUUUACUGCCAGGAAGAGAAGUAUAUUUUCUAGGCCUAAUAGUUACUUUAGAACGCUGUAUGAGCAGCCCGCAACCACCUGGAGAAAAUAGGGUCGCACGGUCAAUCGCGUUGAAAAAAGAAUAGGGUCGGCAGAAAAAAAAUAGGGUCGGUCGGGAACCGGAACCACAGGGUUUUUUUUUACGCCCAACCAAAUGAUGCACAAAAGUCUCCCUUUCACGAAAAGAAAUUGUCUGGAAAUUAAACUGUAAAAUUAAAUCGGGCGCACGGCUGUUUAAUAUAGAAUAACAAGAGAGGUAUUUGGCUAUAAAACUUUAUACCCCAAUCACACAAAAGAGCUUUCCCUGGAUGAGUAAAAUUAUUUGGCGUAAGCGUAAGUUAAUCUGGUGUCACACACUGUGAAAUAAAAAAGUGAGGAGGGCGCAUUGCCAUAACAAGGCACGAGUAUAAUUUCUGCAAGACUGUUACCAGCAUAUGUUGGCACGUAAGUUAGCGAAGUAUCUGGCACUGCUCGAAACAAGGAAUUUUUGUUUCAUUGUCUUAGCAAUACCAAAAGAAAAUGUUUUACCUUUUGUUGCAGAUUUCGACAAGAUACAGGAAGGUUUCAGAAAGAAGCCAACGUUAGAAGAAAAACAUAUAUCAAUCAAGACAGUUCCUGUGUGUAAAACAAUCUUAGUGAAAAACUUACCAACUACAGCGACUUACGACUCCGUGUUGUACAAAUUUGAAAACAAACGAGCUGGUGGUGGCGAUGUCACGGACGGAGGAGUCCAUCUAGACCUAGAGAAAAAAAUAGCAUUGGUUGAAUUUGAAGAUCCAGAUGGUAAGAUGGAUUUUUAUGUUCUGAACUGUUUUCCUGAAACUAAGCUAACUUUCUGGGUGGCUGUUUUCGCUGCAGAGUUGCAGUAAGGGUGAUCUGUUAUUAAUCAAGUGUUGCCGCAGGAGGAAAACUAAAACUGGAACUAAAUUUAUCAGUUACAGUACUUCUACUUGUUCUAAACUGUUAUAGUCCAGCGUAUGUUAGCAGUACGAAUAGCUCUAUCAGUCCUGCCAAAACUGUUCUUUUUAGAGGUCCAGUAAAGACUGUUCUCUAUUUUUCCUUCAGGUGGAAACCCAUACAGUCAAAGAAAACCUACGGUGUUUGGUAGAAUUGGGCAGGAGGCACUUUUCUCAGAGGCGUAGCCAAUCCCAAAUGAAUGGGGGCUCUAAUUAUCUUUAGGGUCUGGGAAACGCCAUUUCAUGCAUUUUAGACAUGUUUUAUGAUAAUCUGAAAGUCCCAGAAUUGGUACAUUUUAUGUCACGGAUGAAAAAUAUUAAGACGUUACGCCCGCCCAAGUUACUCUGUUUUGAAAAAGUUACAAACUUGGGUCUAAAGAAAAGUGGGGGGGAGGUCUGGACCCCCUAGGGAUUCCCGCUCUGUGGCUACGACUAAAAUUGCACAUUAAAGUAUACGUGUCUCAUAUUUUUAGUGAUAGACAAAGUCCUUUUAGUGAAACAAACAUUGGACAACUCCACCCUAUCCGUGGAACGCUAUCACCCAAUCCUUGGCAGCUUAGCUGACUUACAGACAACAGAACAAGAAACAUCAGAACCAACCCGCCGUGAAGUACCUACAGCAAAACCAAGACACCCAAAAGCUACAGGUUUCACAGAAGAUAUCGAUCGUGACCUCUACCUCUAUCUCAAAGACAACCAUCCUGCCCAGUUGAGCCUCGCAUUAAAAGAUCCACAACCGAACAUUGAAGAGAAAACGGAAUCGGUGCAUUUCACAUUUUCCAAUCAAGAUGCGAAAGAGCACUUCCUUACCGCAAUGAAAGAUUACAAAUGCGAAAUAGUGCCUGUUAACCUGGGUUUAUUAAAUCAUGGGCUACGUGAGGAGAUUAAGGAGAUUAUCGUUUUGUUUAGGUCAGCCAAAUCAGUCUCAUUUAUAGAGAGGUAUAACGAGGGUUUUAUAAAGAUUGUUGGACGAGCUGUGUCAACAUUUGACCGUGCGAUCGACCAGGUGAAAAAAUGUAUUGAUAAAGUGGAAGAGAGAACCAAUCGACGCGACGAUGUUAUAGAAAUAUUACCUGUCCACCUUAAAUUGCUUCAAAGGUCAUCAAGAUUUGAAAGGCAAGCAACGCACUAACUAACUUACUGAAAUCACCUGAACAGUCUAUCCGACUAAUGAGCUUCAGUUCUCUAUUCAGUGUUUAUAUCAGAUCAAAUGGAUUUUGCAUAGUGUUUCUGGUAAUCUGCAGCAAAUCUCAGGGAAAACCUGUAGUUGUUGUGUGCAUCUAAGCAACUAACUAGCAAAUUACUAAUUCAGUGGAUACAGCCUUAGUACUAUUAACAUUGUGAACAUUUAUAUCAUGUAGUUCAUACAACUUUUACUUAGACAGGACGAAUAUUACUUUUUAGUAUUUUUGCACAAGUGAACAUAACAAAUCCUACACGUUGAUUGGUCAAAUUUGACGUAUUAAGUAUAGGUUAUUUUUGAGGCAACGUACUUAUUUUUCACAUUGCGAGGUCGCGUUAAUGAGUCGGAAUACUGAGAAAUAAUUCUUAAUGCCAUAUUGCCUUCGUUAUGUUGUUUUUUCUCAUUUUUGUGCUGCAAAGACAUUGCAGGUGAAUAUUAGGGGGGAUUAUUAGAGGGGAUUAUUAGAGGGGAAUAUUGAAUAUUUUCCCCGAUAAGAACAAAGGAAACCGAGCAGGGUGAAAAAUAAGCCGUUAUAUUCACCUACAGGUGAAUAUAACAUAACAAAACCGAAAUUUUCAAAAUGGCGGCUAGCUGUUUUGUGAAAGUUACUGAUAAAGAAAUAAGCGAAAUUAAAAUAUAUAUCGAGUCUCAAAAACACAAAAAAAUGUGUAAAAAUACUAACACAAUUAUUCGCCUCAGGCUCGGUAAUUAUCGGGGAAUAUUCACCUCGACUUCGUCUCGGCGAAUAUUCCCCGAUAAUCACCUCGCCUUCGGCGAAUAAUUGUAUUCAGUAAUCUUCAAAUCUUGUAUGACGGAACUUUCUCUAAGCCGCAUUUUAGUAAUUCUGUGUUUGAAUAAACUAGACCAUAUAGGCUCAGUACAAAAAGAUUAUUUUAAUAACUACGUUUCGGAGUAUAACUCCAUCUUCAGGUUAAAAAGUCUAAAGACACAGAAUAAGAAGGUAUAGCAGAAGCGUAACUCUAGUCGUUUCCCAUAUUGUUUUCGUCCACGAAAAUUUUAACUCGCUCACGCCAAUCCACGUCAUCCUGGCUAGUACAACCGGAAGUUUUUAUCAGGUUUUGGUAGGUACAAAGUGCCGGUUGUACUAGCCAGGAUGCCGUGAUUGAUGACGAAUCGCUUGUAAAAACGCGGACAAAUACUUGCUUGAGUUACGCUUCUGCGAUACCUUCCUAUUCUGUGCUAAAGAUAUAACACUUUAAAAACAAUUACAAAUUUAGACAAAAUCCGUUAGGAUUGCGUAUAAUAGCUGACGUGCGCUUCAAACUAAUUCGUGUCCGUGCGCGCGCUUAAUUUUUUUUUUGUCCAUGGCGUGUCCGUGAGAGCGUUAAAAUUUCGUGUCCCUGCCUGCAUAUGUAAUUACAUUAAACUAUAUACAAAAUCCCUUAACUUCCUGCAGCUCAUCCUUUGAGUUCAGGUCAGGUUGCAUUCUUUCAAUGUAGAAUGCCUCUGUGACCUUUCUUUCCAAUGUUCCUUUUGUUUUCUUCAACAUCGAUCCAUCGAUGGACAAAAAAAAAAUUAAAAAAAUUAAGCGCGCGCACGGACACGAAUUAGUUUGAAGCGCACGUCAGCUAUUAUACGCAAUCCCAACGGAUUUUGUCUAAAUUUCUAAUUGUUUUUAAAGUUUUAUAUCUUUAGCACAGAAUAGAUACAGAAGUGUCACUCAAACGAUAUUUUGUCCGAAAUUUUACGAGUGCUGACGUGAAAAUACGCCAUCAUAUGACGCCAUCCUGGAGUGCACACGGACGUUUUUCAUAGGAAAACAUAGGUACAAAGUGCCGGGUGCACUCCAGGAUGGCGUCAUAGCACGCAAAAAAAUUUCGGACGUUUUCCUUCAGCCAAAACACAUAGGAGUGACACUUCUGGCCCAGUAUCUAUUCUGUGUCUUUAGUUACUUUUUAACCUGAAGAUGGAGUUAUACUCCGAAACGUAGUUAUUAAAAUAAUCUUUUUGUACUGAGCCUAUAUGGUCUAAUUUAUUCAAACACAGAAUUAUUCAGUAAUCACUUCAGCAAUAAUAAAUAAUGUUUCUCCUAUCAGGCUGGAAAAUUCUUUAAAGCGAGAGAGUUGUGAGAUUCAACUGGAUAACACAAAAGGAAGAAUAAACGUGAAGGCUUCACAAACACAAAUACAAAAGCUUAAAGAGGAAAUACAAGAUAUUGUUGGUCGCUUUCGCGAACGCUCAUUGAACCAAAGUACAUUUUCCUUAUUAAAAAUACCCAGAGGUCUUUCUCAUGUGAAGACACUGUUAUCUGCGGAAAAUUUGAUCGUCGAAGUUCUGGUCAAUGACCAAGGGAAUGUAAUGUUGUAUGGUAUGGAUCAAACACAACUCCAACAAGCGUAUAACACGAUAGAGAAUGCCAUCGGUGAAUUGAAGCUUUCUCCGAGUAAGUAAGCAAUUUUUAGCUUCUUUGUUUGGGAGAUGCGGUUAGCACACUGAGUUCGAGGUUCCUGGCUUGCCAACCCUUGGGGAAAAUAGCUAGGAAACAAUGUUUCCUGGUUUGCCAACCAUCGAAUAACAUUGCUAGAAAACAAUAGUUACUAGUUUGUCCACAUUUGGGACACACGUUAGGAAUAAAGGAACACCGGAUUUCUUUCCGUGCAGGAUUGCGUGAUCCACGCACGAGGGAUGUCGCGAGACUUUCGGAAAGCGUAAAAAUACUCGAGCCGCAGGCGAGUGUAUUUUUACGCUUUCCGAAAGUCGAGCAACAUCCCAAGUGCAUGGAUCAAGCUAUCCUGCUUGGAAAACCAUUUGGUAAUUGUUUUAUAAAAUAAUUACACUGAAUUAACAAUGUCCUUUUGAAAAUCCCGCGAAAAUCCCGCGAAGGCAUUUUAAUUCCUCGUGCAGGAUAGCCUGAUCUUGUACUGCUAUUGACCAAUCAAAUUGCGUGUUUCACUGUAGUUAUUACAUAAACAAUGUUUCCUCCUUUGCCUACCCUUGGGAAAAAUGGCUAGGAAACCAUGUUUUCCUGGUUUGCACAGCUUUGGAGAACAUGGCUAAAAAAAUCACCUCGAAAUGUUUUUAAAUGCCUCUGCAGGUAGUUCAGACAAACCACUACAUUCAAAUUUUCUCUUUUUUAUAGGAUUGAAAACAAAAGAAUCUCAAGUUGCUUUGUUGAACGAGUUAGGGACGUUAAUUCCCCUCACUUUACAAACAGAAGGACAACCUCGCAUUAUGUGUUUCAAGAAGCACUUGCGAAACUUGAGUGGCAAAAUGGACGAUUUUCUGGAACGAAAGAAGACAGUCGAUAAGCGUGUUCCUCUUAGCAAAGUCGUCCUACGCUACCUCGAUCUACACGGAGACGAAAAGCUUUUCGACGGUUUACGUCUGUCAUCACCUGGGUUGAAAAUUGUGACUGAUAGUGGUGCUUUGGUUGUAUCGGGUGAAAAGCCAUCGGUUGAUAAUUGUUGUACUAGCAUACAAGAGUUUACUGGAGGUUUGUAAUCUGUCUCAUUCGCCUGUCUAGCAAUUGUAUGUCGUUCCCAGAGAUAAACUUAAAAAACUUUACACUUAAGUAACUGUAUUUCUGGAAAAUAGCUCAAUCACUUACAAAAGUUCUCCCUAGAAGAUUCAUUAUUGGUCAAGUAUUGUAGCAAGCCGAACUAUACACCGUAAAAAACGAACAGCCUGUUUCCUGUCGACAUCGACAGGCUUGUACAAGGUUCAGUUGCAACAAUGCUGUAACAACGUUGUUCCCAAGCCUGUCGGCAUCAACAGAGAACAGGUUGUGUGUUUUUACGCGUGUACCUGGACAAAACCAGCGUGGUAUGAGUGAGCAUGAUGGAAUUAACAAUCAGACAACUGAAUAUUGCAUGAAUGAAAACCAGUCGGCAAAGUGGUAGGCACAUGAACUAACUAACAUCUCUAUACCAUCAAGCACCAAUAUUAUAUAGCAAGUGUCAGAGUUCAAUUUUCCUGUUUGCCGAUUGGAUAAAACCGUAUCACGUGUCGGUUCACAAAACUGCAUCACUGUAUGCUAUGGCGAGGGGACAACCGGUCAACAAUUAAACAAUUAUUGACCAGUCAAUAAUAAAACUGAAACUGAGGCGCGAGCUGCUCGCGUCAACCAGCAAGUUUAAAGCAAAGUUUUUUUUAAGAGUUCCAGCAUGUCUGCCGAACGGUUCAAUUACAGUUUCGGAACACCAGAUGAAUCAUUCAGACUUUGACACUUGCUAUACCGGGUGUCCCAAACAAAAGUACUCCGGUUUGAUUCGAAAAUAACUUCUAAACAAGUAAAGCUUUUCACGAGAAAUAACUUGCGUCAAAUAGAGGAAGGACUAACUUAGAUUUUGAUAUAUUAGAGUUGUAUUUCACUUAAAAAUUCACGGAGAUAUUAAUGUUUAAAAUCGGGAGCAUAUUUCUGGAUGUGUCUGAAAUAUGCAAAAAACGUCGUAUCAAAUAUUAAUCAAGAUUUGCCCGACUGAAACAUGCACUAUUACCAGUAAAUAAAUGACACUUGACAAUUUUUUUAUUAUGAAACAAAGUAUUAUUAUCUACAAAAUACAAGCAAAAUUUAUUCGUCCGAAAUCCGCGUGUGUUCCUAGCACGAAUACGUUUCUAAGUUUCAUGAGACCACUGCAUCGAGAAGGAUCGUCAUGGAUUGUUCGUAGUUCUGAAUUAGGGCAUGCUGUCACAAUGGAAUUGUGAAUUUUCUAACUUCACAUUGAAUGAACUUUAUAACUUCUGCAACGUUCUGAAAUCUUGUUAAGAACACCCAAACUCUUUUGCCUUUCUUAAUCUUGGCAAGUUCAGAAUAAACUGAGAAUGAAACACAAUCAAACUAUGCAAACAACUCCAUAAGUAAAGACAUAACAAUCAACUCCCCAGAGACAUCCAACAUUUUUGGAACAAAACGUAACAAAAUAGCGCUAGCGUUGAUACUGUGAUGUGUAUUUGCAAAAAGCAAUAUUAUUUCCUUCAUUAAAGAAUAAUAUUCAUCCUGCUCUAACCGAGAAAUAAUCAACUUUGUUUUGAACCCAUUAAAAACAUAAAAAAAUAGGCUAUUUUAGAAAAAUUUAAGCACCUGCCUUGCAUAGUCUUUCAUGUACCUUUAAGUUGCAAAGACCUAUUAAAUACUUGCACAUAAUUUCGAACGUUCAUAUUUCAGGAAACAAUGAGUUAAGACUUACAUGUAAGAUGUCUAAAUCUACGCCAUAUCCCUUACAAACCCUAACAACAAUUCGCUGAAAUACAAGUUAGCCUGAUAUGUCAUCAAGCAAACAAACGCUGGAGUUAAUAUUUGAUAUGCCGAUUUUCGCUAAUUUUAGACACAUCCCAAAAUAUGCUCCCGAUUUUGAACAUUAAUAUCUCCGUGAAUUUUUAAGUUAAAUAAAACUGUAACAUAUCAAAAUCUAAGUUUGUCCGUCCUCUAUAUAAUGCAAGUUAUUUCUGUUUGAUAGAUUUACUUGUUUAGAAGUUAUUAUAAAUCAAACCGGAGUACUUUUUUUUGGGACACCCGGUAUAAUAAAACACUUAUUUAUCGAAACCUCAGGAAAACAGCGACACGCUGUUUCCCUCGGUGUCAGUAAAUAAGUGAUAAUUAUCUGUUGAUUGAAAAAAAGUUCUGCUGCAGAAAACUUGGUCAAACAACAGAAAUAAGAAUCCUUGAGAUGCCUGCGGGGGAGGCUCUGGGCGCAACCUCGCAAGCCAGGCUCUCUACUUCCGCUUCCCUCCCUAAAGGCCUGAUUCCACGGGCGCUUUUUCUCGGCGAAAUGCGAAAUAUUUCGCCUGUUUCUUUUGAAUUGCGACCACUCGAACUAUUUCUACUUGAUUGCCUACAAUUCAAAAGAAACAGGCGAAAUAUUUCGCAUUUCGCCGAGAAAAAGCGCCCGUGGGAAUCAGGCCUUAACACAGCGUGUAACAACUUUUGUUUGAUCAAAUCUAGGUUUGAAAUCCGACAGCAUGAAUUAUGGUACGCCCGAGACUGCAGCAGGCAUAAAGGAGAAGGGGGCCAAUGCAAUUAUACAAAGUAUCGAAAGAAAACAUCAAUGUGCUAUUGUGGUUAUAACCAAGGAAGGAACUGACAGACGGAGCUCAUUCAGAGCGCCACCUACCAGUCCUGUGCAUAAUUUAAAUGAACACCGAAAACGUACAAUGCAAUGUAAAUAUACUUAUUCCAGUGGUAAGAUCAUAGAAGUACACCAAGGUGAUAUUCUGAACCAUCCUGUACACUAUCUGGUUAAUUCAGCGAAUGAGGAAAUGAAGCAUGCUGGUGGACUUGCUAAAGCUAUUGUAGACAAAGGAGGGCGAAAAAUUCAAGAAGACAGUUCACGUGCUCUCCGCGAACAGGGGAGAGAUAAGUUAAUUCCUGGAGACGUGGUCACUACAGACAGUGGCAGCUUGAUGUGUAAGAAAGUACUUCAUGUAGUGGUGCCAAAACAUCGUAAUACCCCCGAUGGUGAUGAUGCAAGAGAAGAGAUGUAUUUAAGGUAGGUAAAAGCCAUCUGACGUUGAUGAUGAUGAUUAUUAUAGGGGUUGACAGUGGUGAUGAUGAUAGCGUAAGUGGUGAUGAUGAUAGUGUAGGUGUUAGUGGUACUUGUAGUGAUAAAUUUAUGACGAUAAUGGUGAUGCGAUGGUGGUGAUAAUUGUGAUGAUGAUGGUGAAGGUGAUAUGAUGGUCAUAAUGAUAGUUGCGAUAACGAUGAUAAUAUUAUCGUUAUUACCAUCAUCAUCACAUGAUGGUUAUGAUGCUAGAGGCAAUGGUGGUUAUGAUCAUGGUAGUCGUGAUGAUAAUAGUGGAAUAGUGGUGAUGAUGGUGGUGGUUAUGGUGGUAGUGAUGAUGUUGAUAAUGGUAGCGAUGAUGAUGGUAGUGAUGGUGAUAACUACAACGGAAUAAUACUUCUUUAUAGGCACUGUUGUACUAAUGUAUUGAAGAAUGCAGUAGACGGGCACACCAUUGCAGUCCCAGUUUUAGGCACGGGAAUUUAUGAAGUCCCUUAUGGUAUCAGUGCUAAAAGUUUAGUUGGAGCAGCACACAAAUUCGUACAAGAAAACCCCUCACAUGCUUUGAGAGAAGUUCAUUUUGUCGACAACAACCCGGAAGCUAUUGAAGCCUUGAUGAAAGAAAUGAUAGCAAAAUUUAGACAUGAUCCAAACUUCCAAAUCAAUGAGUUGGUUCGUGAUAGGUGGAGAUCACACCUAGGAGCAGCAAGUGUAACUCCACCUUCAGCUCCUCUGGUGUCCAGUGGAGAUAUGGCAUUUGACACAGCUGAAGGAAUGGAAAUCCGACUGACGGUUGGAAAUAUAGCAAAAUCCACGGUAAGAGAUCCAAGCCAUGUUUCACACAGCUGGACAUACCAGUAAACAAUAUUGAGGAAGCAUGGUUUUCAAAACAUGUCUCUGAAAGGUGGAUAACCUGCCCAUGAUUUUUAGCUAUGUUUCCCACAAGUAAGCAAACCAGGAAUCAUUACUUCCUGGCCAUAUAUCCCCAAAGAAACAUUACUGCCGAAACAUUGUUUCCUAGUACUGUUUUCCGAAUCUGAGCAAACUAGGACACUUUUUGUCGAAAACAAGAUUUCCCAGCCAUGCUUCUCAAAAGCAGAAAAAUUGUUUCCUAGCCAAGUUUCACCAAGGUGACCAAACCCAGGAAACAUUUGUCAGGAACAUUGUUCCCUAGCGAUGUUUUCCACAGGUGCGAAAACUAGCAAAAAUUGUCAGAAACAUUUGUUAGUGGAGUAAAUUACUUAAGAGUAAAUUGCUUAACUACAACAAAUACUGACUGUGGUAUGUCCAUACAUGUUGAAGGUUGAAAACUAAGAAGUGUUUCCGAAUAUUUAGUGUUUAGAAAACGAAGAAGUGUUUCCUCAAUAAUGUUUACGAAUGUGGGCCCAGAACUUAAAGGAAAACUAGAGGUAAAAGGUAAAAAGGCAAACGUUUGGUAUUUAACAUUUAUGAAUACAUUUUGCAGACCAAAGUCAUUGUCAACACAGUUUCAAACGACCUGAACCUAACGAAAAAUCCUUGUUCAAAAGCGAUUUUGCAGGAAGCUGGAAGUAAAAUCACCACCUAUUGCGAAAAGUGGAUUAAAGACAAUGGUCAGCUGCAGGAAGGAAAUUUUGCAGUCACAGAUAGCGCCAAAUUGAAAUGUGACAAAGUGCUUCAUGUUUCCUGCCCAAGCUGGACAACUGAUCAGGGGGAAAAGGUGAGGACGUCUUGAGAGUCGUGAUGAUACUGAAUGUAUGUGUGAUAAAUGGUAGUUCUUGUAUUAAUGGUAGUUUGAUGACGUUUACCAGUUGCUGUACAUAUGGCGGUAGUUUGCUGGGAUGAUGGUGGUGAUGUUAUGUUGCUAUGCAGAUCAUGAUCAUCGUUGGUUAUGAUGUCGGUCUAGAAAUGGUGUUGAUAAUGGUAGUUUCGUGAUGAUGAUGCUGGUGAUGAUAGUUUGUUAUAUAUUUAAUAUUUUUAUAUCAACUAUAGGGGCCUUAUGUUGAUGAUGCCUAAGAGUUGUGGUGAUGAUGGUUGCAGUAAUAUUGACAACAGUGAUAAGUUAUUGAUAUUCAGAAAGCUAUAUCUGGUUUUUGUGUUUCUUUUCUACAGAAACUCCGCCAGUUGGUGCAAAAACUAUUAGACAAAGUCCAAACCCUAUCCCUACCCUCAAUCUCAAUUCCUGCACUUGGCACGGGAACGCUGGGCUUCCCUGCAGAAUUAGUUGCUAAAGUCUUGUUCGAAGAAGCCAUGCAAUUCAGUUCAAAACACAGCUCUUCAUUGAAAAUAAAGCAGUACAAUGUAGUUGUUUACAGCGGCAACACAAAGGCGGUGGGUAUCUUUAAACAGCAGUUCCAAGUCUAUUCAAGCAAAAUAAUCGAAAACGAUCCCAAUGUCCCCAAAGCGAAACGAAUGAAACCCAGGAUUUUUGGCUCGCGAAAAUCUCUAGCCAAAGACAAAGACGAGAGUUUUGAGGAUGAAACUCGCGGAGUGAAUGUUGAUAUUAUUCAAGGAAAUAUUGUUGAAGCAUCGACGGAUGCUAUUGGAUUUCUAGUUUCAGACGAUAUCAUGCAAGGUAAAAUGUAACGUAAUGUAAUAUGUACAGCAUGAGCGGGCGUGUUGAUACAAUCUUGAUGAAGACGUUCGUAUUGUUCAAUAAUCUUAAACACAUGAAUGAUAGAAGAUCCUACACGGUUAACUUUCUUUGCGUUUCUCGCAGAGCAUGAUAUUAACGGCUUAUUGACCAAGCGUGAGGUCUGUACUGUGAAAUAUCAGACCGAGGUUUUGUAGUAUGGACCGAGCGACGAAGGAGCGAGGUCCAUGCAAAAAACAGAGGUCUUAUAUUUCACAGUACAGACCGAACAAGCGAGGUCUAUAAUCGGUUUAUUUAUAUGGCUCAGAGCUGAACUGAGUCUGUGAGCAUGUGCUUUUCGCGCGAAUUAAAUCGGCUAUCGUCAGUUUCACUGGGUAACAAUAUACGGUAGGCAUGCAUGCUCAAUCAAAAACAAUUUGGUUGUUUGAAAUUAUUAUCUGUAAAUUUUAAUGACACACAAUUGGAAAAUUAAAAAGCAAAAAUUUUUUCUGUUUGCAAAGCAAAAAUUUCCCGCCAGGUAAACGACAUCCGGGACACCAGUCCAGAUACGGAAAAUACGAACCACGGUCCGGAUAUGGGUUUUUACGGACCGGUUGCCAACCAAUCAGAAUAGAGAAUUUUGAAAAGCCAUAAAAUAAAAUGUGUUCUUAAUCUAAUAUUCACAUCACAUAAACAUGCAUGCGCGAAAGAAAUACGGAAUAUUUUUACAUUGUUCUAUUAAUUACCAGUUCUUUGUAUCCCAUAUUGCCAAGUGUUAUUAUUGGUUCCUCCCAUCCACAUUCGACGAGCAUGAGCACAUUUCAGCUCUAUAGUUGCCAAUGCACUUCAACUACUCUACUUAGAAUUUUACCCACCAGUGUUCAUUUUCCACCAGAAAAAAACCAUCUAGCAUCCCUCUCAUUUAUAGUGUGAACAUUUCAAUAUUUUUAAGGUGGCCAAAUUGGACAAGCACUCGUAAAAGCAGCGGGUGAAAGUUUAGUACAAGAGUACAGCAAGUUAGGCAAGAUCGAAGCAGGAACUAUUGUUAUGACUAGUGCGGGAAACCUGAAGGCGCGUUGUUUGUUGCACAUGGUUAUAAAAAGCAGCGCUCUGAAAACGGAAAAGUCAAUGAUUCACAAUGCAGUUACGAAGUGCCUAGACACCGCUGAUAUGUACGGGCUCACCUCUCUGUCCCUGCCCGCAGUGGGCACAGGACAUCUAAGGAAAGAUGCCAAACAAUCUGCAGAAAUUUUAUAUAGCUGUAUCAAGGAGUAUCGGAAGCGAAAUGAAAAAUCUUUGAAGCUUGUUCGUAUAGUGAUCUUGCAAGAAAACGUUUUCGCCGAUUUCAACAAGGCAUUUGUACGCAAAGAUCCAACUACGUCUGCGGAAUCCAAAGGUAUACAACUAAACUAUACGAAGCUUUCUUUAUACUGCAUGGAUAAGUUUACCAAUUCUAAACGGUUCUUCUUAAAGAAUCCAAUGUUUGGCGUGGUGUUACUGUACAAGAGGAACCAAAAAUUAAAUUAAACUAAAUAACACUGGUUGCGGUUCCAAACUGUUUUCCCUAGAAUUCUAUAUUAUUUCCAAACUGUUCUCUCCAGAGGCAGAGUUCCAAACUGUUCGCCUAAGUGUUUAGCAAUGACCAGUUAACUUUAAAUUAAUUUGUAGAUAGCUGCAUCAUCCAGUUCUGACCAAACUGUUCUCCUUAGUAAUCCAGUUCAUUAAGGGCCAUAAGAUACGAGGUUAGGCCAUAUAUCCGGGACCAGGAGGGAACAUGCGGCAUUUGAUAGACCCACAAUAAAAGCAUUCUUCUUACUCGUAAUGAAGGAGAAAUAAUAAUCAGAAAAUCACACACCAAUCACAAAAGUGAUAAACAUAUUCACAAACCGCCAUCAACACCCAUAGGUGCACGACGAACAAGGCAACAAAUCACUCUGGAAAUUGCAGCAGAGAGUUGGAAUGAUAUCGCGAAGAUUAAGGAAGAACUUAGUCAGGUGGAAGAGGAACAAAGUCAUUCAGAGCCUAUCGAAGUCAAGCAAAAGCUUGAUGAGAGACAACACGCUGAAAUACUUGAAGUACAAGACCUUCACAAUGUCCGCAUCGAAUGCGAGCCUGCAAUUGGGUUCAUCCGAAUUGGUGGUCUUGCGAAGAACGUGUCGAAUGCAGUGGGGGAAAUUCAUCGAAUAAUCUACGCAUGGGAGCAAGAGAGGCACCAUACAGAUGCGACCGUUCGCGAGGUUUGUAAUUUACUUUAUUAAUUUGCCCAUAUUCCAACUAUACAUAAUAAAAAUGUCAGUCCUGGAUUUGGGUAGGGUUUUCUUUUGUAGUGAGAACCUGGCUAAGUUUUUGUAAUAAAAUUGUGGAAAAAUCAAUUUAUUUUUAUUAAUUCUUAUCUGCUCAAACAAUAACCUCAAAUAUUGAAUAUUUAUCUACCUACCUUACACUGGCAUCACUCUAGCGUAUAAGAACUUGGUUCGGAACAAGAAACGAACAAUAAGGCGUUAUAUUUGUUCGUUCAGUUACAUUAUUAAAAUGUAAGUACCAUUCAUCACAGCAAACAUUAAAAGAAAAAUAACCAAAUGCAAUAUUGAAUUUUUAAGGAUUCAUACUACCUUUGUAAUGGAACUACUUUUUAUAGGUUCAGUGGUUCUAUUACGAAGGAGAUGCAAAUUUCGUUAUUCCUGAGAAAUACGCAGACAGCCUGAGCGCCAAGAUAGAGAGGGCAUACAAGAGUGAUCCUUCUGGAAGUGUUGUAGUUGGUGAAGAGAUAAAAUUUGAAAUAGAUUUCAAAACCAUGACGGAGAGAUGUCUGGAUCCAAGCGAGAACGAAACAAUGAAAGUGUAUAGACGUCCUUGUGAAGGUAGGCUAUAGUUAAAUCAUAUACAUGCACUGAGAAAAAAUUUGAAAAUCCAAUGUUCAUAGAAUGGAAAUUGUAUGGACCUUUAUUGGAAAUAGAAUGGAUUUUGUUUAUCCAUAAUAAUUGUGUAUUUCCAUACUAUGGGUAUAGUACCGAAAUAGUAUGGAUAUACUGUGGAUUUAGUGGUGCAAUUGCAAAUUUCAUGCAAUGUAUUUCACAUUUUCCCCAGUGAUAUAGUCACUGUGGAUAACUUGCCACUACUUGGACCUACCAGAGGGACGAGGGGGAUAAUCCCCCUCCACCAAAUAAUGCUGCAACAGUGAUUUUACAUGCAACAGUAAAAGCAUAAUUAUUGGGCUAUCAUUGAAUCAAAUUUUAAUUAAUUUAAGUUAAAACAAAGUAUAAAACUAGCUAUAUAGUCCAGUGUUACUACAGGAGCGAACAGGUGUACCCGGACAAAAGCUGCCGUGUUUGGUUUGAGUCAAGUUGGAAACACUUUUCUCACAUGCUGAUGAAUGAAUCAGGUGAAGUUUUGCGUACUGCAGGAAUGAAACCCGCGUUGCGUAAGUGAAAAAAAAGUACAUGUAUUAUAACCGCUGUAUCAUUACUGGUAAAACUAUUGGCGCACCAAACUCAACUAAAACUCGGAAAUAUGCUCAUAUAUGUCUGUACCUUUCUAGCAUUUCCACUGCCUUCAAACUGGGACUUUCAACCAAUAGACUGUUCCACUGGCAAAGAACGCGACGUUCACCGAUUCACCAUUGAUAAACCCGACACGGAAUACGACCAAAUCCAUGACAUGUUUAAAGCAUCAUUAACAACGGUGUUGCCGAACGCCGAAGUUGUAAGAAUUGAAAGAAUUCAAAAUCCUCGAUUGUACCAAAUCUACGAGGGGCAAAAGAAAAAGAUGAGCAAUGGUGGAAAUGAAAUGAAAUUGUUUCACGGAACUGCAAAGGCUGCUGUGGAGAAUAUUAAUACAACUGGUUUUAACAGAUCUUACUGUGGAAAAAAUGGUAAGAUAUUAGAUUGGUUUUGGUAGAACGGGCUGGCGCACCUAUCAGCGCACAUUCAGCAUUUGCCGAGAAAAAUCGUCUGGGGUUAGACCUUUUUCCCCCAAGAGCGUAAACUGCGUCUAAACAUUCGGAGCUGUGCCUGUGGGUUCGGAUUGCCCAAGGAAAAGGCAUGUAUGGCCAGAAAAUAAUGUACACGGGGAUCUAAAACAGAACAUUUUAUACGAGGGCCUCCAAGCCGCUAGCAUGGGAAUGCACAAUGUCACAAAACUUUCUGGUGGGUAUGGGAGGCAUACUUUCCAAGAAAAUCUUCAGUUUCAUAAAGUUUCAUAACAUCAUAUCUCGUUUACAAAGUAACCAAUUAUUCGACAAA